AUGAUGGAGGAAGGGCCCCCCAACUCCAGCGAAGGCCAGCAAGGCUGGUUCGCGGCCAGGAACGGCAGCGGCAGCUCCUUGGACCUGGAGUCUGUGGUACAACCCCUCGCCUUGAACCCGUGGGACGUCGUCCUCUGCAUCUCCGGGACCAUUAUCUCCUGCGAGAACGCCAUCGUGGUGGUGGUCAUCUUCUACACCCCGACCUUCCGGGCUCCUAUGUUCCUCCUCAUCGGCAGCUUGGCCACAGCCGACCUCCUGGCCGGUUUGGGGUUGAUCCUGCAUUUUGCCUUUGUCUACUUCAUCCCGUCGGAGGCGGUCAGCCUGCUCACGGUGGGGCUCCUGGUCACCUCCUUCACGGCCAGCGUCAGCAGCUUGCUGACCAUCACCAUUGACCGCUACCUGUCCCUCUACAACGCCCUGACCUACUACUCGGAGAGGACGGUCACCAGGACUUACAUCAUGUUGAUCCUCACCUGGGGAGCCUCCAUCUGCUACGGGCUCCUGCCCAUCAUGGGCUGGAACUGCCUGAAGGACCCCUCCGCCUGCAGCAUCGUCAAGCCCCUGACGAAGAACCACCUCAUCAUCCUCUCCGUCUCCUUCUUCAUGGUCUUUGCGGUGAUGCUCCAGCUCUACGUGCAGAUCUGUAAGAUCGUCUGCCGGCACGCCCACCAGAUCGCCGUCCAGAGACAUUUCCUGGCCAGUUCCCACUACGUCACCACCCGAAAAGGCAUCGCCACCUUGGCCGUCAUCCUGGGCACCUUCGCUUCGUGCUGGCUGCCCUUCGCCAUUUACUGUCUCCUGGGGGAUUACAGCUACCCGGCCCUCUACACCUACGUCACCCUCCUCCCCGCCACCUACAACUCCAUGAUCAACCCCGUCAUUUACGCCUUCAGGAACCAGGAGAUCCAGAAAGUGCUGUGGACCGUGUGCUGCGGCUGCUUCUCCUCCACCAUGCCUUUCCGGUCCCGCUCCCCCAGUGACGUCUGA